CUCCCAUGGAAUCCUUAGUCUUGGAUUUGUAAACCACGCAAAGGGGCUGUUUUAGCACAGCUGCUAAAAUAGGCCAGGCCUGCAGGAUAUACGGGUAUGUCUAGUUUCUACAGAACUUUUGUUUUUCUAAACUCUUUCUUCCUUUUCCCAAAUCUGGCAAGCGUUAGUCAUCUUCAACUCGGCAGAAACCCACAAGUGUGCGUGUGUAGCUCGGAGGCUUCAGCUGGGGCCCCGCCCUCGUCCCCGGGCGCACACUGACACUCGCAGCCUAGACCUGGCCCGAGCGCGCCCCUGGCCUCGGCGUGGGUUCUCUCCAGCCGGGAGUCCCUGGGCCAGCUAGCCUCCUCCCCUAAAGGGGACGGCCCGUCAGCGCAGUGCCAGAGUCCAGCACCGGGAGGAAAGUUUCGGAGUGCGGAGGGAGUUGGGGUUGCCGGAGGAAGGGAGCGGGAGGAGAAGGAUCUCCACUCCUAGUUUGUUCUGCCGUUGCCGCGUCCCAGGGACCCCUUGUCCCGAAGCGCACGGCAGCGGGGGGACUUCAGCCCUCCGGGCGGGGUGGGCUCCAGGUCCGGGUCCGAGGCGGGCGCUGGAGGCUCGGCCUGAGGCCGGAGAGGAACUUAUCUCGCGAGCUGUCGCCGUGGGCCCGCAUUGUCUGCAGGAACUCUCCGGAAUCGGGAAGGGGAGGACUGGAUUGCGCUUCCACUGGGAUUCGUCAAGAGUUCCGGCGGCAGCUGCGGCGGUGGCGGAGACUGCCUUUGUCCUCUCAGGACCUCCCUCUCUCCCUCCCUCUGUCAGCUGGUGGGUCCCGUUGCCGCAGGCGCCGGCGCCUCAGCUGCUCGCCGCCCCCCACCCCAGAGUGCGUCCCGGGUGACUCCCGGCACCUUUGCGACCCUCCCGAGCUGAAGAGACUGCGAGCGGGAGGGAUUCUCAGGCCCCCGGCCGCAGGAUGGUGGCGGAGCGGUCCCGGGCCCGCAGCCUCGGGAGCUGGCUGUUCCCCGGGCUGUGGCUGUUGGCGCUCAGCGGUCCCGGGGGGCUGCUGCGCGCCCAGGAGCAGCCCUCCUGCAGAAGAGCCUUUGAUCUCUACUUCGUCCUGGACAAGUCUGGGAGUGUGGCAAAUAACUGGAUUGAAAUUUACAAUUUCGUCCAGCAACUUGCGGAGAGAUUUGUGAGCCCUGAAAUGAGAUUAUCUUUCAUUGUGUUUUCUUCUCAAGCAACUAUUAUUUUGCCAUUAACUGGAGACAGAGGCAAAAUCAGUAAAGGCUUGGAGGAUUUAAAACGUGUUAGUCCAGUAGGAGAGACAUAUAUCCAUGAAGGACUAAAGCUAGCGAAUGAACAAAUUCAGAAAGCAGGAGGCUUGAAAACCUCCAGUAUCAUAAUUGCUCUGACAGAUGGCAAGUUGGACGGUCUGGUGCCAUCAUAUGCAGAGAAAGAGGCAAAGAUAUCCAGGUCACUUGGGGCUAGUGUUUAUUGUGUUGGUGUCCUUGAUUUUGAACAAGCUCAGCUUGAGAGAAUUGCUGAUUCCAAGGAGCAAGUUUUCCCUGUCAAAGGUGGAUUUCAGGCUCUUAAAGGAAUAAUUAAUUCUAUACUAGCUCAGUCAUGUACUGAAAUCCUAGAAUUGCAGCCCUCAAGUGUCUGUGUGGGGGAGGAAUUUCAGAUUGUCUUAAGUGGAAGAGGAUUCAUGCUGGGCAGUCGGAAUGGCAGUGUUCUCUGCACCUACACUGUAAAUGAAACAUAUACAAAGAGUGUAAAACCAGUAAGUGUACAGUUGAACUCUAUGCUUUGUCCUGCACCUAUCCUGAAUAAAGCUGGAGAAACUCUUGAUGUUUCAGUGAGCUUUAAUGGAGGAAAAUCUGUCAUCUCAGGCUCAUUAAUUGUCACAGCCACAGAAUGUUCUAAUGGGAUCGCAGCCAUCAUUGUUAUUUUGGUGUUACUGCUACUCCUGGGGAUCGGUUUGAUGUGGUGGUUUUGGCCCCUUUGCUGCAAAGUGGUUAUCAAGGAUCCUCCACCACCACCGCCCCCUGCACCAAAAGAGGAGGAAGAAGAACCUUUGCCUACUAAGAAGUGGCCAACUGUGGAUGCCUCCUAUUAUGGUGGUCGAGGGGUUGGAGGAAUUAAAAGAAUGGAGGUUCGUUGGGGUGAUAAAGGAUCUACUGAGGAAGGUGCAAGGCUAGAGAAAGCCAAAAAUGCUGUGGUGAAGAUUCCUGAAGAAACAGAGGAACCCAUUAGGCCUAGACCACCGCGACCCAAACCCACACACCAGCCUCCACAGACAAAAUGGUACACGCCAAUUAAGGGUCGUCUUGAUGCUCUCUGGGCUUUGUUGAGGCGGCAGUAUGACCGGGUUUCUUUGAUGCGACCUCAGGAAGGAGAUGAGGGCCGGUGCAUAAACUUCUCCCGAGUUCCAUCUCAGUAAAACGGAAGCAGGAAGACCAAGACGGUAUGAAGAUGGCACAUUUUCACAUAGCUGAUUUUCAACCAAAUGGAAAAAAUCAAGUGCAUUUCAGAAGCUUUUGGAAGAGCAGCUUAAUUCCUCUCAGUCAGGAAAUGUUUUCUCUGCCUUCUGCUUUGCUUGCACCAAACAUUUCCAAACAUUUGUUCUGCCAUCUACAUGGGAGGUGAUGAAACUCAGUGGUAACUCAUGAUUUAUGACAUUGAAAAUAAAGAAGAACACUGACCUGCAGACUAUGGUUUGUACAAGAAAGUUUGUUUGAAUGUGUAGAAGAGGAAAAAGCAACAACAGCAACAACAUGAAGAUGAUACCAAAACAACUGGCCAUGAUGGAAGAUAGGAGUUUUUUUACAUGGAAACAUGGCACUUGUGUUUUUAUGUGGCAAGAUCUUUAUCCAUAGGCAGAGUAUACAAUUUCCCACCAGGCUAAGUAAAUAAAGAAGUCCAUUGCGUUAUAGCUAUGUCAGAUCACAGAAUCCUUCCAAGUCCCCUAUCACAGUGUGCCUUACGGGAAGUUUCUGACUGGAAAAUCUUGUCAUUCUAACACUGAAAAGUGCACACGCAUGACAAAAUGUAGACAAGAUGCCUCAAGGUAUUGGUAGCAAGCAAGAUUUUGCCCUUUAGUUUUCGAAGACACCUUUCUUUCAUUAUGCACUCGGGACAAGAAAAUUAAUAGAGCGUUAUUCCACAGAAAGACAGCCUCUAGCCAGAGAUCUUGAGUGGAGUGCAAGGGCCUUGUGCUUUGCAAACUUGUCCCUAUAACUGGUAGAUUCCUCUUUUUCCUAUGUUUAGGAUUUAGUAGUGCAUAAAGCAUGAAUAGCUAUAAACAUACCUAGAAGUUCGUUUUGCUUUUAAUUUAAAGGAAGCAGUCACCACAAAGCUUCCGCUCAGGGUUUUUUCUUUCGUCAAGUCUCCAAGGGCUCUUCAGCGUCACAAGCCAGCAACUCUCUUUGCAUGAAAAUUUCAAAGUUUAAUUAAUAUAAUUAAAAGCAACAGCAAGCAGCAGCCUGUGAAGAUUUUGCUCAUCUUUUUUAUGCCUUUUGACAUUGAAUGACCUAUUACUGUAUGCGCAUUACUUGGAUUUUGAGGGGCACUCUACCUUGGUUAUGAUUCAGUAGAGGAAAAAGACCUCCUUUCUUCAAUUUACAAAUUAAAUCUUCAGGAGGAUCGCCAUCACAAAACAUUGACGAUGUAUGUAUUAUAAUUUUUUAGAAAAACCACCAUUGUGUCACGUCGACGAUGCCAAAUUAUGUUAGCGUGAGCAGAAACACUGUGGGGGAGGAAAGCAGCAGCUGAAGAAAAAAGCUCAAAUGAUCUAGUCACUUUCGAUACUGUACUUCAGAUGCGAAAUGGAUAUUCGACUGGAAACCUGACAAAGUGCGCCUGCUUUGAUGUGAACUGGUAUAGACAAUGACCAGUGGCUGGGUCAGUGGGAUGUCUCUCUGCGAGCACAAAGGCUUAUCAAAUGACACUAAAAAUAAGUUCAACAACCAUCACAUUGGAAGGGAGAAGGCGAACAUUUCAUGUUUGGCGGGCAUGCAAGUGCACAAGAUGGAAAGAGCGAUUGGAGCAUCCUGGUAUAAUUACCCCCAUUGUGCUCUUAAUGGAAAUUUCAAAGGAUGGGAGUAUUCUGUUGGUUGGUGUCCAGGUUUGUGGCACUGUUCCAAGAGGCCUUACACACACACACAAAUAUAUAAUUUUCUAUACAUAUAUAUCCUCUAGCUUGAAACUUUUGCUGAAGUUUAUUUAUGUCACUGGCUGGCUGGAUCCAAAGUCAUGUGUCCACACAUUCAUAAAUAAAAAUUUUACCUAUGCCUGUGCUACCAUUUCUUUACGCCUACAUAAAGCUAAUGCCUUCUUGGGUUGAAUAUGCAGUUGUUCUGCUUAGUUUCAGGGUUGGAAUUCUAUUCAGUUCCAAAAUGUCCCUCAUGUUCACAGAUGAUACUAUUGGCAGUAGCUGCAUAUGCAAGUAUAACUUGGAAGCCUGAUAUAGUAUACCCAACACUUUCUGCAAUGAGUUAUUAUAUCCCUUUGUUCUGCAUUUGCAUCUGGAACAAGACUUAAUGCAGCUUCCUUAAAUGGGCACUUCAUUUCUGAUGAGUGCUCACCAAUUGCUAUUUUAAUAUCAUUGAGAAUACUACAGAAGCUAAAGCUAUCUUUCUUUGGUAACUACUUUAAAUUUCUCUAGAAUUAUGUAGCAUACUUACAUGUUGCUACAUGAACAAUGUAAAUUAACCUCUGCCUUUAAAUGGAAAAAUAACUUUCUGUAGAUUAUUAUACAGCUACUAUCAAGAGCUCUUAAUGAAGAGGAAGUGGCAAUGGUCUAUAUGUAGACUGAAAAAAACCAUUAAUAAAGUUCAAAGACUGAUGGAAUUUCAUUGCCCUUAAAGAUAUGAACCAGAUCUAUUUUAUACUUUUCUCCAAUUAUACUAACUAGCAAUUGAAAACAAUUUGUUUUAAAGAGUGUUAUUUUCUUACCAAAAGACCAGAUCAAAAAUCCCUAUACUUUUCAACCGAAAAAGAUUAAAAUAAAGCCGUUUCUAUAAAUUUAAUGACAUUUUAUAUUUUAUAUAGAGAAAUAGCUUCUGUUUGAUUUUCUGGACAUCAUGUCAGUCAAGAUCUACUUUCUGUGUAAAAAUGAAUAAGUCUUGCACAUAAACCAUUCGUGUUGCAUAAGGUUGCAAAAACAAUUAAGUGGGAAAUGACUCCUAACUUAUGUGUCUACUCUGCCUAGAAAGAAAGUUUUGAAGGCAUCUAUAUAUAUUUCAUAACAAUGUCUGUUCUUUAUGGAUUUGAUCCAUAAAUAUUUAUCUAUCUGAAAACUUUGAUACUUGGAAUGUUUUCCUUAGAGCAUUUGGUGCUCCAAGAAAAAACAUUUGGUGCUAAGAGUUGCAGCACUGAUGCCUUUCCCCAAGUUAAUUCUAUUUUAAAAAUUUAUAUUUCCUUCCCAAUGAGAUGCAGAGUAAAAUUUGAGACCCUCCAUUGACUAGGGAGCAGCAUCUGUCAUCUAUGGUUAAUUACUAUUUUGACAAAAAUAUAGAAGGUUUAAACCCCCAUGUAUUUCAGAUUGUUAGAGAAAGAAGAAGGUUGCUUAUAUUUCCCUUGAACUUUAUUCUAACCAUUUAAAUAAUAAAUUAUUCAAUAUUUGUUAUAAUAAAUCCUUACUAGAUAUAAGAUUUGGGUGUUUCUGUGAACUUAACUUUAUUAUCUAAGUAUCACUAACCAUUGUUUACUGCUUAGAGGCAGAUACAUUUAUUUAUUUUUAAAUUGAAACAAAUUCUAUAUUGUGGAUAAUUAGGUGUUUAAAACAUUUUGAUAGACCAGCUUAUGUAUGUUAUUUUUGAAAUUUAAGAAGGCAGAAUGUAAUCAGGUCACAUUUACAAGUAUAAGGAAUUAUAACUUCCUACUCCAUGCAUAUAUUGUAUGUUGGUUAGCUUUUACUAGCAUUUUCUAUAGCAUCACAUUACUUUAGAAAGUUUUUGAGAGUUUCAUUAUUACUAGAAAAGUUUGGUGGGUAUAUGUACACAGGAAAGAAAUAUAUGCAUCAUUUCAAUAUGAAAGGAAAUACAUAAUCUAGAAACAGAAUAACUCUUGAUACAUCUGUUACAUAGUUAAGGAAAGAAACAGGCAGGUGAGCCUGGAGAACCGUUGUCUAUUUGUAGGAAAUAAAGUCAGUGCGGGCACACAUUCUAGUUUCAGAGUUAAAUUAAUAUUGUGCUUAGUGAAUUUCUAUGACAUAUUUAUGAGAACACUUUAGUGUAUUUCCACUCCUACUAGAAUCUAAUUCAGUUGAUUGGAUAAAAGAAAGACUUAUUUUAUUUUAUUUUUUUGAAAAUCCAUAAUGUAGGAGGUCCUGUGCUGGUUUUUUAGUGUAUUUUAUUUUUGUGCUCUCCUGCCAAAAGAAAAGGCUGAUAAGUAAGUACACAGUACAACAUGUAAAUUUAUAUAAAAAUAUGCUUGUUUAGAUUGCUCUACAAUAACUAUAUUAAGGUAAAUUUGUGUGUGUGUGUGUGUGUGACACAGAGAGAGAAAGAUAAACAGAAGGAGAGUUGAAACUCAAUGUGUUUUCAAAAAGAGCCUUAGCUUAGGGAUCAGGUGACAGAGAGUUCCUAGACCAUAGACCCAGCCAUCAACUAGCUUGCUGAUGUCGAACAGAUCAACUCAACCAUAGACUGAAGACGGAAUGAAGAUAUCAAAAGUUCCUUUCAGCACUGACUAGAUUUUUUUUUUUUUUUUUUUUUUUUAUUUUAUUUCGAAACAGUCUCGCUCUGUCGCCCAGGCAGGCUGGAGUUCAGUGGUGUGGUCUGAGCUGACUGUAACCUCCUCUUCCUGGGUUCAAGUGAUUCUCAUCCCUCAGCCUCCUGAGUAGCUGGAGUUAUAGGCACACAACACCACACCCAGCUAACUUUGCAUUUUUAGUAGAAAUGCGGUUUCACUAUGUUGCUCAGGCUAGUCUCAAACCCCUGGCUUCAAGUGGUCCUCCUGCCUCAGCCUCCCAAGUGCUGUGAUUACAGGUAUGAGCACCAGGGCUCUGACUACAUUUCUAUUAAUAAGGUUAGGUUGGAGGUUUUAGUAUUUAUGUAUCUCAUAUUUAUAUCAAUAUGACUGACUUCUUUAUACAUAGUGUGUGGUUAAUAUUAGCUCUGUAAACUGUCAGUUGGGGAAAAAAAAACCCUUGAACUAUAGUGUAUGUUGAUAAUUAGUCAUAAUAAUUUCUUAGUUAAUUUCUUACAACUAAAAUUUGUCAAAGAAGCAACUUAAAGCUUAUAUCUGAUGAAAUCUUUAAAAAGAUGGGUAAAACAUUGGGAAAUGUAUCCAUGUACUUCACUCUGGUUUCAUAAGUUUAGCAAGAGAAGCACAGAAAUUGUUAUGAGAUAUUUAUGCUACCAGUUUUAAUAAUUGGGUUACUUUCUAUACUGCAGAAAGAAAAAUUACUAAACUCCUCUCUUUUUAGUCAAAAUUGGAAAAAAAAAAAAAAGUAUUAAUUGACAGUUACUAUGCCUGUGCUGCCCAUGGCAAGUAUUCAGUGGAAAAUACUGAGUAAUUUGAACACAGCUUAGAAUCCAUAGUAUGUUACAAUUGCUCGCCUUUCACAAAGUUUGCGUUGUCUUAAUGUAGAAAGAUACUGUGAUCUAAGAAUUCAAAAAUUUAAAGAGUGGACCCUAAAUAGGGUUUCCUAACUGCCAUGAAGUUAUUUGUAUCUUAGAUGAAUUAUAUUUACAACAUUGUAAAUGUCAGUGGGUGGUCCAAAAUAAAUUGUUAAAGUUAUUAAAAUGUACAUUUAAGUAAGUUUCAGUUUGACUAGAAAUAAUUGGCAAGAAGGCAAGAACUAAUCUUCUAGAGCAGUGGUUCCAUCCCCCAGGUCAUGGACUGGUACUGGUCCAUGGCCUGUUAGGAACCAGGCCACACAGCAGGAGAUGAGUGGGAAGCAAGUGAAACUUCAUGUGUAUUUACAGCCACUCCCCAUGGCUCACAUUACCACCUGAGCUGUGUUCCCUGUGAGAUCAGCAGCAACAUUAGAUUCUCAAGGAGCGCAAACCCUAUUGGAACUGUGUGUGUGAGGGAUCUAGGUUGCCCAUUUCUUAUGAGAAUCUAAUGCCUGAUGAUCUGUUGUUGUCUCCCACUACCCCCAGAUGGGACCAUCUAGUUGGAGGAAAACAAGCUCAGGCUCCCACUGAUUCUACAUUAUAGUGAGUUGUAUAAUUAUUUCAUUAUCUAUUACGAUGCAAUAAUAAUAGAAAUAAAGUGCAAAAUAAAU